AUGGUAGAAGAGAGCUGCCUGGAGUUUGGCAGCAUCACAUGCCCUCUGCCCACAUCCAUUGAACAUGCUGACAUCCGAAUCAAGAGCUACAAUUUGAGUUCAAGGGAGCGGUAUACUUGUAACUCUGGUUUCAAGCGUAAAGCUGGGACAUCCAGCCUGACUGAAUGUGUGCUUAACAAGACCACAAACACUGCCCACUGGACAACUCCCAAUCUCAAGUGCAUCAGAGAUCCCUCCCUGACUCACCAAAAGCCUGUGUCACCGUCCACAGUAGCACCAGCAACGGUGACCCCACAGCCAGAGAGCUUCACCCCUUCUAGAAAAGAGCCAGAAAUUUCCACCCCCAAGUCAGACACCACAGUGACCACAGAGACAGCUCUUGUACCAGGCUCCAGGCAGAUGCCAUCGGAACCACCUUCUGCAGGAACCACAGGGAUAGUCAGGAAUGGGUCCUCCCCAGCCUCAUCUCAGACAACAGCAAAGACUUUGGAACAGACUCCCUUUGCUUCCCACACGGCACCAGGUUAG